AUGCCUAUCCGUGCCCAUUGUACCAUCUGUUCUGAUUUCUUUGACAAUAAGACUGAUGUUGCAGCUAUUCACUGUGGACAUACUUUCCAUCAUUUGUGUCUCAUCCAGUGGUUUGAUACUGCACCAAGUCGAACCUGUCCACAGUGCAGAAUCCAGAAUGAACUAGAUAGGGUGAAAGCUCAGCUAUCCAUGAAAGAGAAAGAAAAACGAGAUUGUCAAUCUAUUGUAAAUGCAUUGAGAGAGACACUGGAUCUACGUAAUGCCACUGUAGAAUCACUCCAGAAAGCUAUUUCUGACACGGAAAUGCUGUGUUCUACACUCAAG